UACGGCUUUACAAUUUACAGCCCUAGAUGAUGGAUGCACUACAAUGGGAGGGUAUACGAUGGGAGGGUAUACUGCACAAGGGUAUACGAUGGGAGGUUAUACGCUCCCAUCUCAAGAUCAUGUUGCUAAUACUAGUGAAACCCUCUAUCGUGAAGAGACACAUUUAGAGGAGGAAGACGAAGACGAAGAUCAUGUUGCGAAUGAUGGUGAAAAUGUUGAGGUUGUGGAUGAGUACGAAGAGAGGAUUGAGCAAGGCGACUUUGAGAACGAUGUGGAUGAACAUGAAGUCGUUCCCAAUUUUGAAGAGGAAAGUAUGGAGGACCAUGAUGAAGGUGAUGCAAAUGAUGAUAUUGGUGUCCAGCAUAAUAGAAAUACGACCACUGGCUACAGACCUCCUGCUGAGUCAUUCUACUCAAAUACUUGGGAAGAUAUGGUUGAUCCUUCACGUCUUCAGAUACCAUUUGUCUCUACUUGGGAAGAUGGGAUGCAUUUUUCUAAAGGGUUGACUUUUGCAAAUAAAGAUGCGGUGAAACAUGCAUUGAUAAUAUACGCAGCAAAGGAUAAUAGAAAUUUUAUAAUCCGGAGGUCGACCAAAACGAAAUUGUGCGCCGCAUGUGUUGAUGACAACUGCAAGUGGUAUGUUGGGGCAUACAUGAAGACUAAAUUCAGUGGUAUGUGGAUGGUUACGUCUUAUGUGGGUCCACACACUUGUAUACCCUUUGGCCUAAAAAGAGAUGGUAGAAUGAUGGAUUCGCAUUUUGUUGCAUCAGAAAUUGUGGGGAGAUUGCAAAAAAAUCACACUACACGUAUUGAUGACCUAUGGGAGAUCAUACGUACUAAGUAUAAUCAUGAGCUUUCUUACUAUAAAGUAUGGGACGCAAAACAAAAGGCAAUUGCUAAGAUAUUUGGGGAUUGGGAGGAGUCUUACCAAAAGUUGCGAAAGUUGUUGUUGGCAUACUUGGAUGAGGACUCAGAUUGAUCCACGCCAUCGUUAUGGACACAAUUUACACUUCUACUAUGAUGUCUGCUCUGAUAGCAAGAGCACCCAACCUUUCUUCUACUGGUUGGAUGUUGGUGAUGGUAAAGACCUAAAUCUUGAAAGGUGCCUAAGGACUGUUCUACAACGUCAAUGCAUCGCGUAUCUUGGACCAAAAGAGAGGGAAGCAUAUGAAGUAAUUGUAGAGAGUGGAAAGCUUUUAUACAGGCAAACAGGGAUGCUUAUUAACACAGUUGAGGGUUCUAAGUGGAUUUUUGUGCUCAGCACAUCAAGGGCUUUGUAUGUGGGUCAGAAGAAGAAAGGUGUUUUCCAGCACUCAAGUUUUCUAUCGGGAGGUGCUAAAUCAGCAGCAGGGAGAUUAGUUGCCCAUGAUGGGGUUCUUGAGGUACUAUCUAUAACAUAGCAUAGACACAAUUAUUGAUUUUUCAUCAUGUUGCAGUUCAAUUUCUAAGCCAAAUGCAUCUCUCUCUCUCUCUCACACACGCACACACACGAACACACCAGCAUCUUAUAUAUUGGUCUGUCAAAGAGAAAUUUGGAUUUUUAAGUGCUUUGCUUAUUAAAUUGUCUUAUUUCAUUUCUAAGUGUUUAUCUGCACAGCAGUACAUUCUACAUUUCUUAUGGUCUUUCUAAAACCUACCAAAGAUGAAUCUGAAGCAUCUGUGUUAUCUGCAAUCAAAUACCCAAAUUCAUCCCCUUCAAAGCCACACCACAUGUCAUGCCAUUUUUUUGUCCUCCUUCAUC